AUGGGGCACAACGGACACAAACCGAAUGGCGUGGCAGGAUGGGGAGGAGGCGACGAUGCAAGCACCAGAAGGUUGAGCUAUGCUGCCAGCGUGCUUAACACGCCGCAGGUUCGCAGUCAACGGCUGAUUGGGUACACGAAUCCGCGAUACCGGUGGGAGCAGUAUUGGAAGACAGACGACGAUCUAGGGAAGAUCAAGAAGAAGAAGCUUCGGAAAUACUAUGAGAGGAACAACUAUCUCAUACAGCAUUACAUGUACAUCGAUCGUUUGCUGGACAGCAGCCUGCCGCACGAUCUGAUCCAGGAGUACCACCACCCACAGACAUCGGCCAUGCAGAAUUUACGACAGGAAGCUCUUCCAGAGACGAUCAGCGAGGAGGAACAGGUGGAGCCGAUGCGCGUAGUCAAGAGAACGCCCAAGGACAUCUACUCCUUCAAAACGCCCGGCAACAGUGAAGAAGCGGUGGAGAAUGGGGAGGAAGAACCACUUCUGAAACGCACCAACACCCGCGGCGACGUCGAAGCAGCACCAGAGAUCCCAGAACUGGAGUACGAAGAAGAGGCCUCUUCGCAAUCCACCGUCGUCAAAGUCGCCAUCAUCAUCAACCUCAUCGCCAAUACCGCCCUGCUUAUCAUGAAGCUCGUCGUCGUCCUGCUAUCCUCCUCCGUCUCGGUACUCGCCUCCCUCGUCGAUGCAGCUCUCGACUUCCUCAGCACAGCAAUCGUCGGCAUCACAACCCGGCUCAUCUCCCGCACAGAUCAAUACGCCUUCCCCAUCGGCCGACGACGCCUCGAGCCCGUCGGCGUCCUCGUCUUCUCCGUCAUCAUGAUCACAGCCUUCAUCCAGGUCCUCUGGGAAGCCAUCUCCGCCUUGACGAACGGCAACCACGAAAUCGUCGAACUUACCAUCCCCGCCAUCGCAAUCAUGUCCGCGACAGUCCUCAUCAAAGGCGCCUGCUGGCUGUGGUGUCGUCUCAUCAAGAACUCCUCCGUCCAGGCUCUCGCUCAAGACGCCCUGACUGAUGUGGUGUUCAAUACUUUCUCCAUCAUCUUCCCUCUCAUCGGCUUCUACGCGAGAAUCUGGUGGCUGGAUCCUCUGGGUGGUGUCUUCCUCUCACUCUACGUCAUCAUCAAUUGGUCCCGCACCGCGAACGAGCAUAUCAUGAACCUAACGGGUGCGUCGGCGAGUGCAGACGAGCGGAAUAUUCUCCUGUACUUGACCAUGCGCUUCGCCAAGACGAUCAAGCAGAUCCAAGGACUGCAGGCUUAUCACAGUGGAGACAAGCUGAAUGUGGAGGUGGAUCUGGUGUUGGAGGAGAGUAUCUCGUUGAGGGAUAGUCAUGAUCUCGGGGAGAGUUUGCAGUAUGUGCUGGAGAGUGUGCCGAAUGUCGACCGAGCCUUCGUGCAUAUGGACUAUGCGAGCUGGAAUCUGCCGACGCAUUUACAGCAGGACAAUUGA